AUGGAGUCAGCAUCCAAGGAGAUGGCACUGAGGUGCACCACGGAGAAGGUGACAGCAUCGAGCCUCAAGAAGGAUAUGGGUGUCGGGAAGUUCGUCCGGUCUGUCACCUUCACUGUCGGUGGGUACGACUGGUCCAUCAGAUUUUAUCCCGAAGGUACCACCGAGUCGCCCGAAGGGUGUAUGGGGAUCUGUCUUGAGCUCAUGAGCAGCAAUGCCGAGGUGCGGACGUUCUUUCGGCUUGGAUUGGUAAAGCAUGAGACAGGGUUGAUUGGCUCAAUGUUUACGCCAAACAAUAAGGUGUUCAGCUCCAAGACCAGGAACAGUCGUGAGUAUCAUCUGUUCAUACUAAGAAGCAGUCUUGAGGCGAAACCACUAAAGUACCUUCGGGAUGAUUUUCUCGUAAUCAAAUGUAAUAUUACGGUAAUCAAAGAAUCUGAGGUUUAUGAAACCAUGGGGCACUCUGAAAUUGAGGUGCCACCGUCAGACAUCAUGGAGCAUCUCGCAAAGCUGUUGGACACUAAGGAAGAAGCAGAUGUCACUUUCAGUGUUGGAGGCGAGACCUUUCAGGCGCACAAGAUUUUGCUUGCCAUGCGAUCACCUGUCUUCAAAGCAGAACUCUUUGGGCCGAUGAAGGAGAAGAGGAUGCGGUGUUUGACCAUCAAAGACAUGCAGCCCGCUGUUUUCAAGGCUCUGCUGCAUUUCAUUUAUACAGAUUCAUUGCCUGACUUGGAUGAUCUUGAAGGCGAUGAUAAGUGUGAAAUGAUCCGGCAUUUGCUGGUAGCUGCAGAUAAGUAUGCCAUGGACAGGCUGAAGAUUAUGUGUCAAAACAUCCUUGGCAAGAGUCUUGAUGUGGAGAACGUGGCAACUACAUUGGCUUUAGCUGAUCAGCAUAACUGUGACAAGCUUAAAGAUAUUUGCAUUGAAUUUAUUGCCUCUUCAGAUAAGAUGGAUGAUGUGGUGGCAACCAAAGAUGUACUUAUAUUUCUCUGGGAUACUACUGAACUGAGCCUGGAAGGCCAAACCAGGUUUUACUAUCCGAGAUCAGGAUUAAAGCACAUCAAACUGGAAAGGUACCAAGAGGACCCUCUCGAAGAUGCACAUGAAGACGGACAAGUCCCCAAGUCCACAGAUGAGGAGAACCAACGGAAGGAGUCGAGAACAACUCCCAGGACCCGGACAUCCGGCCCCUGUAGACCCCCAUUACAGCAACAACCCAACAGCCGAAGCUACAGGGCCCGGACAUCCGGCCCCAGCCUGGACAUCCGGCCUCCAGCCCGGAAAUCCGGCUCCCAGCCUAGACAUCCGGACAAGCCCUAUCCAUAG